ACAAACAUUUUGGUGUGUUAUGCGUGUUUAUUAUUCCGUAAGUAAAUUAUGGAAAAUGUGGAAAAAGUAAAACGUGGAAAGAAGCGGAAAGGAAGUAAGGGGGACAAAAACUCCCAGAGGAAGAAGAAAAAUCAACCAACUGAGGAAAAUUCCAGUAGUUGUGAGGAAAUUUCAACAAUCAGCAUUGCCCUUCCGGGAACAAUACUAGAAAAUGCCCAUUCGCUGGAAUUAAAGACAUACCUAGCUGGGCAAAUAGCUAGGGCUGCUUGUAUAUACAACAUAGAUGAGAUUGUUAUCUACGAUGACUCCGGGAGCACUGUUACAGCAUCUGAAGAUGGGGCGGAAGAGCAAAAUUCCCGGAAAGGAUGUUGCGCACAAAUGGCGAGGAUUCUGCAAUACCUGGAAUGUCCGCAGUACUUGCGGAAGUUCUUCUUCCCUCUCCAUAGAGAUUUGAAGUUUUGCGGCCUGCUCAAUCCCCUCGAUGCGCCCCAUCAUUUGCGGCAGAAUAACAAUUUUAUAUUCCGCGAAGGAGUUGUCACGGAGAAGCCCACAAAGUCCGGGAAGGGGUGCCAUGUGAACAUUGGACUGAGGAAGGAUGCUUUGGUAGGUGAAACUCUAACACCUGGGAUUAGGGUGACAUUUAAACUGCCAACGGAGGAUGUGAAGGAGGGAAAGAAAGUUCAUGGAACUGUUGUCUCACCCGCUCAACCCAGGCAGGAAACUGGAGUCUACUGGGGCUACACCGUCCGGAUGGCUGAGAGUAUCUCUCGGGUAUUUUCUCAAUCUCCCUACGAUGAUGGCUAUGAUCUCAUCAUUGGAACUUCAGACCGCGGGACGAAUAUACACGAUAUCCCCGCAAAGACAUUGUCCUACAACCACGCAAUCGUAGUCUUUGGGGGUAUGAUGGGUAUAGAAUACGCCCUGGAGAAUGACAAUGCCCUCAAUGCGGUGGAUUCGGAACUUCUCUUUGACAAGUACAUCAAUACAGCCCCCAAUCAGGGCUCCAGGACAAUCAGAACGGAGGAGGCAGUUCUCAUCACCUUGGCUGGGCUACAAAGUAAACUUCAAGCAAAGAAUGAGGCGAAGGAAUUUAAUCUCUUCAGCUCCAUUCCACAGAGUCAGGAUACAAAGAUGCCCCAAGGAAGCGGCGCAAAGAAUUCCCAGAAUUCCUUGAAUCAGGAAUAAUUGUGGAAAAUUUACAAUUUCUCUGUACAAAAAUGAAUAAGAAAAUAAAAUUUUAACCCUUUUA